AUGUGCAUUGAAAAGUCCGCGGCCCCCAUGUUUCUGCAGCGUCACCUCAUGCGGACAAUCGCGUUACGUGAGACCUCGAUCCUGCUGAGUACAUGCUAUCUUGCGUCAAACAUCCGCUUCUACAACCAAUCAAUGUGCGGCCAUGGGCUGUUCUCCAUCGGGUACAACUGCACUGCACACUCCAACCGAUAUCCCGCCUUGGUGCACGUGGAACAAAGACACGUUAUACAGCACCUACAUACUGAUCAGAUCGCAAAUAAUGAGUUUUUCGAAUGGCUAAUGGGCAGCUGGCUGCUAAGCGCCAUACUCUCACAUGCAUCGCUCUUGGCAUACAGAAGCGACAAGAUCAUGAAUUACGAUUACGCGCGUCCCUUCAACUAUAAUUAA